UGUGUCCCCACCACACCCUCAUCACCAGUCAUCACAGCAUUCUCUCCAUUCUCUGCAGCCAGUAGACAGGACAAAUGUCACUCUGGGAAUAGUGAGGAACCCCUCUUAAAAUCACUAGAACUUCAGUGUGAGAGGAACACUAUCGUAGCACUGCUGUAGCUCCUGGAGGGAUUCUCUCUGUUGGGAUUCUAAUAUAUCAAGCUGCGGGGCGACCAGGGUGGCCGGGAUGCCACUGUGUGCCCUGCCAGUCCACGGUGGAUGCUGAGGGGCAGGAGGACGGAGUGGUGGGGACGAAGUGUAGCAGGCUGGGAGGGCACCACACAUCUGGAGACAUGAAUCUCUGCUGGAACGAGAUCAAACGCAAGUCCCACAACAUCCGGGUGCGGCUAGAGGCGUUCUCCGACAACAGUGGGAAGUUGCAGCUCUCCCUGCAGGAGAUCAUAGACUGGCUGACGGCCAAGGACGAGGAGCUGUCGGAACAGCUGCCCAUAGGGGGCGAUGUGGGGGCCGUCCAACAACAAAGGGAGUUCCACCAGGUCUUCAUGGAGGAUGUCAAGUCUCGGGGGCCCUUCAUCUACUCGGUGCUGGAGUCUGCCCAGGCGUUCCUGACACAGCACCCCUUCCAGGAGCCCGAGGAGACGCUGCACGACGGAAAAGAAGUGUCUCCGAGGAAACGGAUCCUGAACGUGAGUCGAUCGGUUUGGAAGCAGGCCAAUGUAACCAGUGACCUGUGGGAGAAGCUGACUGCCCGCUGCGUGGACCGACACAGGCACAUGGAGCGGACCCUGGAACGACUGCUGCAGACGCAAGCAGCCAUGGAGGAGCUGGCGAUGGCCCUGGAGCAAGCUGAGGGCGUCCGGGAUGCAUGGGAGCCUGUAGGGGACCUCUUCAUCGACUCCCUGCAGGACCACAUUGACGCCACCAAGUUGUUUAAGGAGGAGCUGACGCAGGUGAAAGAGGGCAUGAAGCACAUCAAUGACCUGGUUCAUGAGCUGGCCAUCUCUGAUGUCCAUUUGUCCAUGGAAAACUCCCGCUCCCUGGAGCACCUCAACAGCCGCUGGAAACUACUGCAGGCCUCCAUUGAAGAGCGUCUGAAGCAGCUGCAAGAUGCUCACAGAGACUUUGGCCCUGGAUCCCAGCACUUCCUGUCCAGUUCAGUGCAGAUACCCUGGGAACGUGCCGUCUCGCCAAACAAAGUGCCCUACUACAUCAACCAUCAGGCCCAGACGACGUGCUGGGACCAUCCAAAAAUGACGGAGCUGUACCAGGUGCUGGCGGAUCUGAACAACAUCAAGUUCUCAGCGUACCGGACAGCCAUGAAGCUGCGGCGGGUGCAGAAGGCUCUGAGAUGUACGUAUUUCCGCUUGUGAGUAGUGGUGGAUGUGUUCAGGGAGCAGGAUCUGCAGCAUGGGGAACAUGUGAUGGAUGUGGUGGAGAUGAUCCAUGCCCUGACUGGCCUGGAUGAGAGACUGGAGGAGGAGAGGAGGGCCAUCGUGGUCAACAUCCCUCUCUGUGUGGACAUGUGUCUCAACUGGCUGCUCAACGUCUACGACAGUGGUCGCAAUGGGAAGAUGCGCGUCCUCUCCUUCAAGACGGGACUGGUGAGCCUGUGCAAUGCGGAUGUUCAGGAGAAGUAUAAAUACCUGUUCAGGCAGGUGUCUGGUCCAGGGGGUCUGACAGACCAGCGUUACCUCACUAUGCUGCUCUAUGAAGCCAUCCAGAUCCCGCGACAGCUGGGAGAGGUGGCCGCCUUCGGGGGGAGCAAUGUGGAGCCCAGUGUACGCAGCUGCUUCCGUAUGGCCCCAGGGAAGCCAGCCAUCGAGGUAUCUCAUUUCCUGGAGUGGAUGAGCCUGGAGCCCCAGUCUGUAGUGUGGCUGGCUGUUCUACAGCGUGUGGCAGUGGCCGAGUCCGCCAAGCACCAGGCCAAGUGUUACAUCUGUAAACAGUGCCCCAUCAAGGGAUUCAGGUACCGCAGUCUGAAACAAUUCAACGUGGACAUCUGCCAGACGUGCUUCCUCACGGGACGCACCACCAAGGGAAAGAAGCAGCUCCAAUAUCCCAUCAUGGAGUACUACACCCCAACCACCUCAGGAGAGAAGAUGCGGGACUUUGCCAAGACGCUGAAGAACAAGUUCCGGUCGAAGCAGUACUUCAGUAAGCACCCUCAGAGGGGCUACCUGCCUGUCCAGUCGGUGCUGGAGGCCGAGAGCUCUGACACGCCGUGCUCCUCUCCCAAGCUACCCCAUGCAGACACACACAGCAGAAUCGAGCACUUCGCUAGCAGGUUGGCGGAAAUGGAGAACCAGAAUUGUUCCUUCUUCACAGAUAGCCUGUCGCCUGAUGAGAGUCUGGAUGAAGAUCAGUACCUCCUGCGUCACUCCAGCCCCGGUACCCUGGACCAGGACUCCCCCAGCGGACAGCAGAUGCUGCUGGCCCACCUGGACUGUCAGGACAAGGACGAGCUGCAGAGAACGCUGGCCCGCCUGGAGAACGAGAACCGGGUGCUGCAGGGGGAGUGGCGGCGGCUGAAGUGGAGGCAUGAGGAGGCGGCGGCGGCGCCCCAGCUGACGGAGGGAGGUGAGGGUGUUCCGGGAUCUCCCACGGAGGGCCAGCAGGACGAGGAGCUCCUGGCCGAGGCAAGGGUCCUCCGGCAGCACAAGACUCGCCUGGAGACACGCAUGCAGAUCCUGGAGGACCACAACAAACAGCUGGAGUCCCAGCUGCACAGGCUACGAGAGUUACUGCUGCAGCCCAAAGACGAUUCGGAGGCCAACGGGUCGGAACCUUCGUCCUUGUCAUCUCCGGUGUCAGGGGGAGGCCGUCAGGGGGACGGACCCAGUAGAGAGACCACAGACACAGAGGCAGCAGGAGAUGGAGAUGAGGAUCAUGACACAGUGCAGCAACUGCAGGAGGUCAUAGAGCAGCUGAGAAACGUCUUCCCUUCAGAACCUGGAACCACGUCACUCAUCUAACCCAGGGCGACGCUUGGAGUGCAGAGUGAUGCCUGGUGGGAUGCCUGAUGGCCCGUGCCCCAUAUAGCUGCCGUCAGAGGGACAGAGAGUGCACCAAGUCCUUGACCCAUACAGCAGCUCACCCAGAGCUGACCCCUCUCCCUCCCCCUGGACCUCUGUGCACUAACCACCCCUGUGGGAGCCAAAGGCUAACAGCUAAUGCUAACGUCCAGGCCGGGCCAAGCACUAUGCUAACAAGCUAUGGCUAAUGUUAUGCUAUGGCUAAUGUUAUGCUAUGGCUAAGCGGUGCAGCCAGACACUGUGUUAACCAGCUAAGAAGGCUAAGGAAGCUAAUGGCUAACGUUAGUAGCCCAGCCAGGCAGAAACCGUUUUAGCUAGCUAAUCCACUACUGGCUAACGCUAGCAUCCCAGCCAUGACACUGUGCUAACCAGCGUCCGCGUAGUCGUCCGAAUGUGUGACGCUUUAUAUUCAUACAGCACAAGGACCUUCCACAUAAAGGACUUUUACACAAUGCAAAAAUGCGUGAGGAUUUCCAUCAUGUUUGUUCUAUCCAGUAACUGCGUGCGUUCGUGUUUUUCCUGUUUUCUAAUGCGUUUCAAAUGUCUCUUUUCUUCUUUUUUUUCGAGGCGUUCAUGCGCACCACCGUUGACUCGAUUUGGGCCAGGCUGGCUGCGUUUCAUGCGGCUGUGAUCAGGCGGCUGGGGCAGGCGUACCCAGAGCAAAGCAGAGCAGAUUGCCGGGGAGCCAGCGGGACCCACAACAAGCUUAUUGACUCUGUGGGACUGACACAUCAUCAGUAAAACCCUAUGAUUUAUUUAAGACAGCCAAAGUGCCCGCCAGCGCACGCAGCGCUGCCUCUGUGCACACAGCUCCUCUAAUCUUCCCAAACGGGGAUGCCUGUCGUCUCUCUCGCAUGGCUCCCUGCUCUCUCUGUCACAGUGAGUGCACAUAUCACACACGCGCAGACACACGUUGUUUCAGAUGAAAUCUCAUGCUGUAUUAACGCACUUGCUCAUACUCGGAUUCAUAUGGACGUUCAUAUCGCACACAGUAGGAAUACACACCUAUAAACACGUAGAGACGCACAUACGCUUACACUCACAGCCGCAAACUUUUGUGAAAAGAAAUCGGUGACGAAAGAAGGGCUGUGAUUUUGUGUCUCUCUGUUCAGGAGGAGAGUCUUGAGACAACGCCGAUAUGUGUUUAGCUGAGAAAGAGUCUAGCUUUAAACGCCGGGCUCUCUGGCUCCUGCUGUGUGCACAGCAGAGAAGGCAUGGUGCCCCAUGUUGCUUAAACCUUUCAGGGGUACACAAAUGCCUAGGAUAGUAGGCGCUCGAGGCUGGCAGGGGGGUUGGGCUACCAUCACACCAGGAUCAUGUGACACUCCAGACAGAGCACACUCUAUUUGCCUUAAACCCAGACAGAGCCCAGCAUGGACCAAUACAUGUGUUUUAUGUUGCUGCCUCAAACAUUAUUAAAUUGAGUUCGCCCUGGCGCUCUCUCUCUCUCUCUCUGUCUCUCUCUCUCUGUCUCUGUCUCUCUCUCUCUCCUCCCCCUCUCCCUCUCUUCUUUUCUCUUUUUAUGCUUGUGACUCAUCCAUUUCUGUAUCAGAUGUUAAAGUACUGGCUUACAUAUGCCUUUUUUUGCCAUUCAGUGUUUUCACAAUCAGGGGAGGAAAUUGCAUCAGUUGGGUGUAGUGGGUGGAUGUGAAUGUCAUUCAAUUUCAGAUGCUCGUUCUGUUUAGGGGUCUGGGUUCUGUGGCAUUUUGCAUUAGAGGCAUCAGAGAGCCUUUAUGAGUAAGGACAGGGAAGACAGUGGGAAUUGACAGCGCUAGAGCGGCCUAGCACCUGAGAGACAAAUUAAAAGGCUGGGGUCAAAUAGGGCUUUGGCGGGGUGGAGGGAGGGAGGGAGGAUGGUGGGAAUGUGAUAGCGAAGUGGAAGGGAGACUCAGAGUAGGAGAGAUCUGAGAGACCAAAGGAAAGGGGAAGAAAAUAGUCUGUUUAGUGCUCCUGGGCUGAGUGGAGAGGAGCCAUCCACUUUAAUGUGCUUGCCACAGCAAAUCUCCAAGAGACGGACGCAGACAGUAGGCGAGCGGUUUGCUAGAAAAAAAAGAGGACAGAUGCUCUGUUUUUUUACGAGGUACCACUUCCAUAAUGUCCUUACACCCACAGUCGCAGGGAGCCAUGAUGUGAAUAGUUUUGUAUUCAUUCAGAGAACAUUCUGACCUUAUUGCCAAGAACAGAUUUCAGUUUGAAUCCCAUCCCAGUAUUCGUUAGACUUUAUCCCCUCCAGGCGCCAGCGUUCACAUUUGACAUCGUCGAGCUCCGUCGUGGCUGUCUGUUUGUUUUGCUGCUGUUGCUAGGGAACUGUACACUGUACAGGUUGAGAGUCGGCAAGGUGGGGCGCCGUUCAAAAUGGAAAUGAUAAUAACCAUAUGGGGAAGAGAGGGUGCACCGAUUCCAUACCUCAACCGCCUUGUCCCCCCGAUCACUCCUUAACCACCCCCGCUGAUCAAUGCCUGCCACUGUUCAGUGUUUAACUGGCAUAGAAAGUCAUUAUCAUUGACAUCUGUUCUACCUUUGCCAAGGGCACCGGCAUCCUUCUUUACAGGUUCCAGGAACAAAGAAUUGCUCAAGUGAAAAAAAAACACGCAACGCAAAUAAUGUUUACUCUUUGGAAACCUCUUUUAAUGUGUUUUGGUUUUUGUUUUUUGUAAACACACGUCUCAUUACACAUUGAUGAGCCCCCUGAACAUAGUUUUGGCUCUGAAUAUGCGAAGCUGUGAAUGCAUCACGACUCGCUCUCGCUCUCUGUGUGUGCAAUUAUGAACUACAGGGAUUAGGCCUAGAAACCAUAUGUCAUGUAGACCUAUAUGCCUUCAGAAACUGUUCACCCUUGCCCUUUUCCACAUUUUGUUGAGUUACAGCCUGAAUUUAAAAUCGAUUACAUUUAGAUGUUGUGUCACUGGCCUAUACACACAAUACCCCGUAAUGUCAAAGUGGAAUUAUUUUGGGGGAAAUGUUUACUCCACAAUACUAACCUAAAUGACAGGAAGCCUUUACAGAAUCAAAAAUAAUAAAAAAUAUUCCCAAACAUGCGUCCUGUUUGUAAUAAGGCAAUAAAGUAAAACUGCAUAAAAUGUGGUAAAGAAAUCAACUUUAUGUCCUGAAUACAAAGUGUUAUGUUUGGGGCAAAUCCAACACAACACAUCACUGACUCCCACUCUUCAUAUUUUCAAGCAUGGAGGUGGCUGCAUCAUGUUAUGGGAAUGCUUGUCAAUGGCAAGGACUCAGGGAACUUUUUGUUAUUAGAAAAAGAAACAGAAUAGAGCUAUGUUCAGGCAAAAUCCUAUCCAGGUGUGCAAGGCUCUCAGAGACUUACCCAGAAAGACUGUAAUUGCUGCCAAAGGCAAUUCUAACAUUGACUCAGCAGUGUGAAUACUUAAAUGAGAUAUUUUUGUAUUUCACUUUCAAUAUAUUUGCUAACAUUUCUAAAAACAUUUAGUUCAUUUUGUCAUUGAGGUAUUGUGAGUAGAUGGGUCAGGGGGGAAAAGUGUGUAUUUCUUAUACAGGCUGUAACAACAAAAUGUGGAAUAAGUCAAGGGGUAUGAAUACUCUCUGAAGGCUCUGUAAAUGUUUUGUGUGUUUUGGACAAUACUGGAGGUAGGAGAGAGUAGGUGGAAUGAAUGAUUACACCGCUGUAGCAGGUAGUUGCAGACUGAUAUAACGAUACAUGGAACAGUGCAGCAGAAAACUGUAGCUCUUCACUGUGUCCCUCUUACUUUAACUCCCAGAAGUCCAUAUUGUCUUUGUAGAGGCAUUGUGUUACAGCCCAUCGAAUCGAAGCCUCUGUAAAAACACAACGUUAUACUGCCUCACAUCACGUCUCUCUGUAGUCAUGUGAUUAUCCAUCUGAGGUGUCUCAUGUUCGAGAUAAAACCACUGUGUAGCUCGAACUAUAUUGGAGCUCUACAAGUAGUGUCCCGGGCUCCCCGUAGUGCCACCUCACGCUGGAUACCAGUCCGAUCAUUUUCGGAGAAGCCCUAGUCGCCGGAGACAGAGACAGUUUAGAGGACAUGGCCAACGGGUGUCCCUGCUAUAUAUAGUUGGUCAACGCGUUAUAGAGCGCUGCUCAUUGUUCCUGAUGGCGAGACCUUCUGUGCAUGCUGGGUUCUGGGCACCUUGGCAUCGUUACGAGACACAGGGAGGGUUGUUGGUGUUCUCAAACACGGCAGGGUUAUGAAUUACUUAACCUCUUAUGGGAAUCAGAGCUACGACGACAUACACAGCCUAUUUUACCACACAGCGACGCCCCGCCUCCGCAAAACACAGACUCAUCUUUUCUAUUCUACUGGCUUUUUUAAAGCAACGUUACUACGCCUCAUUACUUCCAUUUGUUAAUGACUAAUGUGUCUGUCAUUUACUUAUUUGUUUAUUUAAAUGUGUACUGUACUGACAUUCCUCCCUGUUGUUGUCCUCCCCAUCGGUUUUUAAUCUGUAUAAAAUGAUUGAAAAAGAAAGGCUUUUAAUAACGAGUGGGUUACUGGCUGCUUUCUACUCUUUGUGUACAAAGAAUAAAUACAAUUUGUAUUUGUUAUACA